CAAUCCAAAGCACAAAAUCUAAUCCACCCAAUUUCCAGAACCCAAGAGAAACCAGAAAAUGUUGUAGGAAACCAUACCAUAAUAUAUCUCCCUUUGUCUACCAUUACUGAUCUGUUGUUCUCUCUCCCAUGGAAACCUUACUUUCGUCUCACUCUCCAUCCCCUCUCUUCAAUCCGAAAGCUUCCUCACACAAAACCUGUUUACCCCCAUCACUUCAACCAAGACCUAACUCACUCUCUCUCACUAAAACCAUCACUUGUAAGCUCAAGGACCACACUCCACAAUCUUUUAAGCCAUUUUUGCCAAUACCCACAAGCUGGGUUUCUCAUGCCCAGCAAGGCCUGGCAGCUGUAGCUCUCUCUUUGGCACUCAACUUUAGCCCACUCUUGUACACUGGCAAUGCACUAGCAUCUGAGUUUGAUGUUAUUAAUGAAGGCCCACCAAAGGAUUCUUAUGUCGUUGAUGAUGCUGGUGUGCUCAGUCGAGUGACCAAAACUGAUCUAAAGCAGCUAUUAUCAGACUUGGAGACUAGGAAGAACUUCAAGAUUAAUUUCAUCACUGUUAGAAAGCUUACUAGCAAAGCUGAUGCUUUUGAGUAUGCUGACCAAAUUCUGGAGAAAUGGUAUCCCACUGUUGAAGAGGGCAACAAUAAGGGAAUUGUUGUGCUUGUAACCAGCCAAAAGGAAGGAGCAGUAACAGGGGGCCCUGGAUUUGUCCAAGCAGUUGGAGAGAGUGUUCUUGAUUCUACUGUCUCAGAGAACCUUCCUGUAUUGGCUACAGAGGAGAAGUACAAUGAAGCAGUGUUUAGCAGUGCAAAGAGGCUAGUAGCUGCCAUUGAUGGGCUUCCAGAUCCUGGGGGCCCUAAGUUCAAGGACAAUAAGAGAGAAUCCAACUUCAAAACCAGGGAAGAGACAGAAGAGAAGAGGGGACAAUUCUCUCUAGUGGUUGGAGGUCUUUUGGUGAUUGCUUUCGUGGUUCCUAUGGCACAAUACUAUGCGUACGUAUCCAAGAAAUAGGUAAUACAUACUCAUUUAGUUAGACUUGCCCCCCCCAAAUUAUUUCCUUAAAAGUUUCAGAUUUCUGAAAAUUGGUGACCUAUAGUUGUACAAUGUUAAUCUCGACUAUAAAUCAUAAAUGAGAAUUAUGCAAGCCAUGUCAAAUUAGAUCA